UUGUACAAUUGGAGUGCAGUGCAAUAAACCGUCUGAGACCCAAGGUUAUUAACUUGUGUUACCAAGGAGGCGAGAGGAGAGGACGGAGAGGAAGACAGCCUCUGGUUUGCUCACUGGGUCGACUUCAUUUGAGAGGCUUCGUAUCGUUUAUCCACCUCGAAUCAGUCUAGUGGAUGGCUCCUACUCCGGAUUAGACUCUCCUCCACCACCGGGCGGCGCUAUUGGGUACCAAUGUCAUGUCCGUGGCCGUGGAUCUAGUAGUCGUCUCAAAGCUCAACUCCAAUGCAAAGCAGCUACCAUGAUGGAUAUCGCUCCUGGCUGUGCUACGUAGCAGCAGAGUGGGAGGGGACUACCCAUCUUCCAGCAUUUCCAUUGGUUUUUACUAGUCCUGCACGGUGGAGAAAGGAGGGGGGGUAGGGGGGUGCCUCUAAUCAUAUCCAGCAUGUUUUGCACAAGAAAUGUCAGCCAGAAAGGGCUAUCUUCUCCCCUCGCCAAAAUACACCACAACAAUAAUGUCAUGUUCGGACAGCCCGUCAGGAAACGCGUUUCUAGUGGACUCUCUGAUCAGUGGCCGCACCGAGAGCUCCGGAGGUCACUACGCAGGGAGCGCAAGCGCGGCGGUGUGCGUGCCUACAGAAGUGCCUUACGGACUACACAACUAUGGAUACUUCCCAGGUAUGGGUAAGCGCAACGAGGUGGUGGGGACCCAAAAUAUGGUUUCCUCUUCUUCCUCUGGCGCGUACAUGUCCAGCAUGGAGAUGUGGAUGGACGCGCAGAGGUCAUGUCGGAUGGACCAAGAGCACCCAGGUCUGGUGGGUCCCCAGGUCGCGCCCUGCUCCUCCUUUCCGCAGAAUAUUAAGGAAGAGAGCACCUAUUGCCUGUAUGAGCAGCCGAAGUGCCCUAAAGCGUCCACCGCGGAAGAUCUGACAUAUUCGAGGUUAACAGCAGCCGGCCUCAGCUCCACUUCUUGCACAGUUACCGAAGGCUCAGUGCCUGUGCCGGGCUACUUCCGCUUGUCUCAGACGCACGCACAUUCUCAUAAACUUUACAACAGCAGCGGCCCCCAGCCGAACCCUUCCCAUGCUCAUUUUGGCCUACACCCCAUUGCUCCUACUGCUGCUCGCUUCCACUGUACGCCACCGACUGCAACUGCUCCAGCCACGGCGCAUGCAGAGCAGGAAGAAAGGAGGAACACCGAGGAGCCCACGGUGUCCUCGGGACAGAUUCCUCGCGCUGCACCGGGGAACGAGGAGGCACGCGAGUCCUCGGAUGCAGCAGAAGCGUCCUCAGCUGACGAGACAGAAGAGCAUGAAAAAGAGAGUCCAGCAAAGACCACUAAAGGAGACACAAAAAGUGAAAGCACGGCCAACUGGCUGACAGCGAAAAGCGGCCGGAAGAAACGCUGUCCGUACACCAAGCAUCAGACACUGGAGCUGGAGAAGGAGUUCCUCUUCAACAUGUACCUGACCCGAGAGCGCCGCCUAGAGAUCAGUAAAGGCGUCCACCUGACGGACAGGCAGGUUAAGAUCUGGUUCCAGAACCGCAGGAUGAAACUGAAGAAAAUGACGCGGGAGAACAGGAUCCGGGAGCUCACCUCCAACUACGGAUUUUCAUGAUGAACAAGGUGAUCACAAUGAAAUAGAAGAUAAUUGGUGAAAUCAAUACCCCCCCUCCAUCCCCUCCCACCACCCAAACCCUCCACCCAUCCUCACCACUCUGUCCACAUAAUGACUCAUUUCACUGUGGGGUUUUAUUUCCAGACACGCUUAAAAGUCGAUGCAUCGUCCUCUGAGCUAUACUGAGAAAAGGGGGAGAAAAAAAUGAAUGUUAUGAGUUUCUAUUUGAUUGUUUGUGUUUUUGUGUUGUCGACCUGUUUCUGUCACUUCUGUCGUAUGGUUGGAUAGUGUCGUCAGUGGAGUUUAAAGCAACGCAUUUCUUUUUUUUUUUAUUAUAGUAAAACACAUAGUGCCAUGGAAGGUGGCUUAAAAUGCCCACUCCCCUUUCAAUAACCUUUCUCUAAAUUUAGCCAAACAAAUAUGAAUUUAUUUUAAUUGGAAUUGCAUGAUAUAAAGUUCCCCUAUUUUACUUUUGUUUUUUUUUAAAUAUCAAUUUUAAAACCACUGGAAUAUAAUGCCCAUGUAUCACCACCAAGGGAAUAAUAAUAAUUCACCUUUGACCAUUAGAUGUAGUCUACCAUGAUAUAGGCCUAUUCUAUAUGUACGAGCUAAAUGUAUGAGUUGAAUCUUUAAUCAGGACGUUUUACACGAAAAACGGUGCGCAAAAGUGAAAUAGGAAUGUUUUUAUUGUAUAUUUUUGUGUACAUAUGACAUUGUGUUUUUUGUGUAAUGCUUAAUAAAUUAUCAGCUCGCAUUUGAGGAGUAGCUGCUUGUA